CAGCCGACGUCACCCCACGAGUCCGUCACGUGACGCCUGCGAUCACAUGACGAGCAGAAGCUGAAAACAGGAAGAGGCGCACCGAGCACAUUUAUCAACCGGGACAGUGUGCGAGAAUGGCCUCGUCGGUGGAGAGGACGGACGAUCUGGUGCGAGAAUAUCUGAUCUAUCGCGGGUUCACCAGCACACUAAAACACCUGGACUCCGAGAUCAAAGCGGACAAGGAGAAAGGCUUCCGAGUUGAUAAGAUCAUCGAUCAGCUCCAGCUGCUGAUUCAGAGUUAUGAUCUGGCGGGUCUGAAGGAGUACUGGGCGUAUCUGGACCGCAGGCUCUUCUCCAGACUCGAGGACGUCUACAGACCCACCGUCAACAAGCUGAGGACCAGUCUGUACCGCUUCUACGUCAUUCACACCGUUCAGACGAAGAAUCACGAGAGGACGGCCGAGUUCUUCCAGAAGCAGGCUCUGGAGCUGCAGACUCAGGUGGAGUGGAGAGACUGGUUCGCUCUGCCCUUCAUCCCUUCUCCGGAGCAGAAUCCCUCCUUCUCUCCGUAUUUCUCCCGGCAGUGGGCCGACACUUUCCUGGUGUCUCUGCACAACUUCCUGAGCGUCCUCUUCCAGUGCAUGCCUCAGCCUGUGCUCCUGAGCUUCGACAACGAAGUGCAGAGAAUCAAAAGCGUGCAGGAGGAGAACGAGGAGCUCAGACAGAUGUUGUUUGCUCUUCAAGGAGAAUCGCGGCAGAAGAAAGACGAGGAGAUGGUCCAUCACAAACUGCCGGCGUACGUCCAGCACAUGGACCGACUGGGAGACACUGAGCUAGAUCUCGUGUCCAGUCAGAGGAACGUCAACAUGACCACGCCGUCCAGAAACUUCUUCUCCACCUUCCUCCCUCAGACUCGACGGGCCCCUGGGAGGACGGCCCCGGGGCCACAGUCCUCGCCCACACAGGCCUCGCUGGGAAGGAAGGACCCCGCCGCCGCACAGUCUGCGAAAGCAAAAGAUCUGGCUUCCGCAAAAGACUCGAAGAUGCCCGCCGUUUCCACGGCGACGGUAGAUUCGGCCACGGGUCAUUCCCGACAGAGACGACAGCACGACCACGAGAAAGAGAGAAAAGAGCUUCUCUCUAAACUCCCACCGCAGAGCACGGAGAAGAAAACCGAUUCGGAUCCCGACGCUCAAAACGAAGCUUUUCCUGAUCAAACAGACUCCACCAAUCAGGCGCGAGUAUGUGAAGUGGGCGGAGCUGCAGUGGAGCAGCCCUUCAUUAAGUUGAGUCAGGAAGAGUAUGGAGAGCAUCACUCAUCCAUCAUGCACUGCAGGGUGGACUGCUCCGGCAGGAAGGUGGCCAGUCUGGAUGUGGACGGGGUGGUGAAGGUGUGGGCUUUCAAUCCCAUCAUGCAAACCAAAGCCACUAUCAUGUCCAAGUCCCCACUGCUCUCUCUGGAGUGGGCGGCCAAACCCGACAGACUGCUGUUGCUCGGCAGUGGCGUCGGCACGGUGAAACUUUACGACACGGAAGCCAAGAAGAACCUAUACGAGAUGUCGAUAGACAACGUCCAUCUACGGAUCCUGUCGCUGGCCUGCAGUCCGAGUGGAACGUCGUUCGUUUGCUCCGCCGCGGCUCAAGCUGCUCCUUCGGGUGUCGCGACGGAGGGCGACGCGCGGCUUUCAGCUCCCGUGUCCGGACAGCUGCUGCUGUGGGACACCAAAACCGUCAAACAGCAGCUGCAGUUUGCUCUGGAGCCGGGUCCGGUCGCUAUAAACUGUACCGCGUUUAACCACAACGGAAACCUGCUGGUGACCGGAGCCGCGGACGGGAUGAUACGACUGUUCGACAUGCAGCGUUACGAGAGCGCGCUGAGCUGGAAAGCUCACGACGGUGAAGUGUACAGCGUGGAGUUCAGCUACGACGAGAACACCGUCUUCAGCAUCGGAGAGGACGGGAAGUUUGUUCAGUGGAAUAUCCACCGCUGUGGCGUGAAACAGUCGGAGUACUCGCUGUCCCAGGAUGCCGUGGGGCCGUUCGUUCUGUCGGGUUACAGCGGAUAUAAACAGGUUCAGGUUCCACGCGGUCGACUCUUCGCUUUCGACUCGGAGGGACAACAUGCUCUCACCUGCUCCAGCGGCGGAGGAGUCAUCUACCGGCUGAAUAAGGCGGACACGGGUCUGGAAAGCGUCUUGUCUCUCGGCGGUCAUAAAGCACCUGUCGUGACGGUUGAUUGGUGCUCGGCGAUGGACUGUGGCACCUGUCUCACCGCGUCUAUGGACGGCAAGAUCAAACUUAGCACUCUCCUCGCUCAGAAACCCUGAGCUCACAAAACAAGCACAGCAGAGCCAGUGAGGAUGAUGAUGAUGAUGAUGAUGAUGAAUGAAGCAGAAUCUCUGCUUAAUCUCUUAAAUCAUAUGUCUCUCAAAGCAAUCAUCCCUGACAGGUGACCGUUAGUAAAUACAAACAGUGUUGCUAUUUUUCACAAAGCAUUUAUGGUUCUGUUUGCGUUAGUGAUGUCUGAGAACAUGGAGAAACGUUACUUGAGAAAGAACAAACAAACGAUGAAUAAAUCUUCAGUCAUGUCAGUAAGGAAAGGCAUUACCUGUAUAUUAAUGUCUAAUCUGAUGUUUUUCUUACAUGUGGAACCAUAAAAUAGAGCUUAGCCAAGUAAUAAACAAAUUUGAAUGAUGUUCAUAUAUGUAUAAUUUUUUUUUGCAUCCUGUUGAACAAUAAAAACGAAUGAUAAAUCAAAGUCCUGUGUAUCAUUUAAAGUGUGGUUUUGAGGCCUUAAGUUAAUUAAUAAAAGCAGCUGACAACAUUAUUUGUAUGAAUUAAUUUGAAACGUGUUCACAGUCAUUAACGGCAACGUCAGGUGUCUUAAACAUCUUAAGCAAAAUUAUUUAUUCAGUAGAAGUGUAUGAGCUCUUAUGUGUGACCUUCAAUACCUCACAUCCUUUCCUGGUAUUUUGUCAAUCAGUCAAUCAAUCAAUCAAUCAAUCAAACAAUCAAUCAAUCAUUUUUUUAUUUAUAUAGCACUUUUAACAACACAGAUUGUAUCAAAGUACAGUGUAGAUAGACCAGGAAUAAUUUUUAAUUCCUUAUGAUUCUGUCUCAUGGAUUUUUUUAUUUUUUUUUUACAUUUCACUGUAUGUUUUAUUUUUACACUCUGAGGGAUAAGUCUGAUUAUCUGUGGUAACCGAAAAGAAUAAACACUCCUUAUUGUCUUAAAGUUAUGACUUUUGGCUUUCUGAGCGCUUUCAAUAAUAUCGGCUUAAACAAACUGAACUGUUAGAAUGCUACUACUACUACUAAUAAUAAUAAUAAUCGUGUUAAAUAAUAUUUAUUGAAAAUCUUUACGUGCGCGUUCAUGAGAGCGGCGGUUCGCGCUGACGCGCCUAGGAAAAUCCGCGCCCAUAUUAUUGUGCCCUCGGUCAAUGAACACUGCAUUAACAGACAUUUUUACCUCAGACACACAUAUAUGAACCUACGCUAUGUUUUACGACAUGAGUCGCGACGAAGUAACGUUAGUUACUUGCGUCAUUAGAUUUCAAAGCUUGAAGUGGAGAGUUAUUCGAGCGCGAGUCGGACAUCUUGAAAAGUUUCGAUGCGUUUUUGGAGAAAUAAGGUCACGCUGAUUAGAACCGAGGUGAUUAAAAAGUGAUUCUCUUCAAAGGAUCAAUAAAGACCUAAGAACUGUCCCAUAAAGAGACUAUAGUCUUUUAACAUCACAGAAUCACAUCAAUACCUUAAUAAAAGUGUUUUUCUUAAUAUAGUGUUUUUCAAUAAUCUUAUAUUAAACUUUAGGAAAACACAAGGAAGUUGUUUAGCAUGUGCAAGAUUUUUUUUACAAGUAGAUGAUGUUGUCGUCUAUUAAAUAGGAUUUUUUCCCCUCUCUUUUAGAUCUGCCCAAUUAAUUCUGGCCAAAACAGUCUUUGUAUGAAAUCAACAACACCAAGGUGAGAAAAAAAUAUUUCUUUAUUUAAUUUUUUUUAGGGAACUAGUUUUUAAGUUAACCCUAAAGAACCGACCCAUGAGGAAA